AGUUUAAAAUAGAAUGAGCCGUAGAACGUCCAAAAAUACAUUAGACUUUCGGUCAGUACUGGAUAUCCAGUCGGUUCGCGUGAAAGUAUCGAUCACGUUCGAAGAAGACGUAUCGCCCGUCGACAACCGUUCGUCCCUCGAGCCACUCGCAUUCGUAAAAGUGACGUUCCUGCCGGAGAAAAAUGUCAGACGCGGAGACAGUUAAAUCGGACGCGAGCCAAGAACCGUGCAACGCGGGGAAUGCAGUUCCGAGUGGUGCCGAAAAUGCAUCCGCCCCCGCGGCGGAGGGAGCUUCCCCUCCAGAAGCCGCGGCGCCGGAGGUUGCGCAAGACGCGAGAGGUCAAAGUGCAGAUACACCGAAAAACGAAACAAACGUGGCCGAGAUCAACAACGAGACCGUCCCGAUAAACGGGGCGGCGGUCGAAAGCGAGGCUGCAAUUGAUCCGAAAAAACCAGUCGAGGAAAAUGCAACGGUCCCCGAAUGCAACAGCGAGCCAUCGUCGAGAGUAGCUGAACUUCAAGAGCAAGCAGCUAUAGGCGCUGGAGAUACCUGUUCGCUGCCGCGUCCUGACAAAGAAGCCAGCGAUCAGCAGCCUGGCAAGCAGAUCGGCGAUCAGUUAGCACCCCCAGAAAGUAAAGUGGUCGCGGAUGAGAAUUCGAAAGCUAGCGACGACAAGCUUGUGAUAUCGAAGCUGACGGAAGAAAUCAAGAAGACUACCAUGGAGCGUAACUGCUAUCAGCAGAAGCUAGAGAAAACCGAGAAGAAACUAGCCGAGCUCCAGGUAUCGUACGACGCUCUGUUGAAAGGCGAAGGGGACGAGGUUCUGCUUCGCCGUAUGGUGGAUCAGCUGAAGGCGAAACUGGUCCACACCUCUUUGCAAUUAGAGGACCGUAUCCGAACCGUGUCCAAUCAGGAGAAACAGAUCAGUGCGCUGAACAGCCAAGUAGCUUCGCUGAAGGAAGUCGAGUCCCUCACGAGGAGCCUCCUGCAGAUCCGUAAUUUGGAGGUGAAACAGCUUCAGUCGGAGGUCGACGAGAUGGAGGAGCGAAUCUCAGAGGAACGCGAACGCUACAGCACCAUGAUAAACAAAAUGGACGCCGCGGUGAAGCUGAACGCGGACCUGAAGAAGGAGUACGAAACGCAGCUCCGUCUUUUCCGGGACCUCCGGGAGAAGUACGAGGAGAAGGUGUCGUUGCUGUCCGAGGAGAAACGAAACCUUGAGAACAGCGCGCAACCUGUUCCUUGAUUGAUUAACGAGACAUCGAGCUACUUUCCAAAUUUUACACCCGUCAAACAGGAAUAAUAGUUUAUUGGGACGCUAAGAAUCUUUCCGUAAGAAAGAAGUAAUGUAAACUGUAUAUGUUCCGUCGAUUAUUUGAAAGUUUUACGUCCGAAUAAACGUUAGUUAACGAGUCAAUGAAGAUGUACGUGUAAAGAGUCUGUGGGAAGAAGUAUUGAAACUGGAAGGUUUUUAGAAAGUAACUGAAUUCCGAUGAAAAUUUCUAAGCUAAUUUAACAAGAAUCAACGUUGUUCAUUACCCACGGAUCAAAGCAAACUAUUUUGCUUCAAUGCAUUAUCUUCAAAUGAAAUUUCCACCUGAAGUAGAAUGGAAAAUUUUGUUGUAUUUCUCACAAAUUGUCGACAGUAAAAUAUUACACGAGCUUAGUAACGAAAGAAAAUAGCACGCCAAGGAGUUAAUGGUUGUUCGACACGCCGAAGACGAAAAUUGCCAGAUAUUCCACGUACCAUCGGUUUCCGUGGUGCAGCGGUUACCACAUCCGCCUAACACGCGGAAGAUCCCCGGUUCGAUCCCGGGCGGAAACAUUUUUUUUUGGACGAAACGCGAAUCAUGCGAAUAGAGGAUGCAGAUGAGAAAUGGAGUGUAAUCGUCAUGUAAUUCGAUGCAGUCAUCGAACACGAUCGAAGUUCUUAUCGUUACUCAGAUUGCAAAGUGUGCGCGAGUGUGCAUUGACAAAGAGAUGAAUAUGCAAGUCUGUGUUGGGAAUGUAAACAAGCGAGAGCUUGCUAAGCGUCCGCAUCGCGCGAACGACUAGUUUAAAUACGAAGGGGAAUCCUACCAGGAAAAACGAACGGUCUGUUUUUACUGUGCCUAUCUACGGUGAUCCCCGAACGGUCGGCGCAUUUUUAUAUGGCAAUCAGGUUUCAGCUGACUCCAUGUGUAUAGUACAGAUGAUGCAUCGUUUUGUAAAUAUUUACGGAAAUAUUAUUACUGUCAACAUUUUAUAUUCUGCUGCAUCAGUAAUUGAAGUUUGGACUUCCUAAUUCGAAUUUAUACUUGACUUCGAAUCAAAUUUAACUGAUUGUUAUAAUUUUCAUAAGCUCCAUCAGUAAAUACAAUAAACUGUAUAGUACGAGAGACAAUAGUCUGCAGUUCACGAGAAUGUAUAGACACGACAAAGAAAGAGAAACUGUAUAAAGUAACAAUAAACAUAUAAUUAUUAGUAAGCACUGAACAAUACAGUAUCUAGUGAAACGACAUGCAAUCAACGUAACUCUUUUUUGAGCAAUGAGCGAUUACAGGAAAAUCGAUAGUACAGGCGUGUCAAACGUUUCGUAUAAAUACGCUGUGGUUCGAUGCAACAGACAUCAGUUUCCGUCAAUCCGCAGCACCUACCUACUAGACAGAAGUCACUGACUAGAAAAUACUAAAUAUUAGCGGAUGAAGAACGCUUCAACCAUGAAGAGCUUCGUCGCCCUAACAAUUUUAGCCGUCGUCUUUGCGACGAUGG